AUGUCGGCUUCACCAAACCGUAACAUUUGGGGUCCUUUUACUUCACGUGUGCGUCUGCUGCUCCAGCAUCGUGAGAGGAAACCAUGCCGAAGUCAAAGAGAGACAAGAAAAUUUCGUUAACGAAAACAGCCAAGAAAGGGCUGCAGUCUAAACAGAAAUUAAUCGAAGAGUUACGGAAAUGUGUGGACACGUACAGAAACUUGUUCAUAUUCUCUGUAGCCAAUAUGAGGAAUAACAAACUGAAAGAUAUCAGGACAGCAUGGAAACACAGCAGAUUCUUCUUCGGCAAAAAUAAAGUCAUGGUGAUUGCCCUGGGUAAAAGAGAAACGGACGAAUACAAAGAUAAUUUGCACAAGGUCAGCAAGUAUCUUCGCGGGGAAGUUGGAGUACUAUUCACUAACAAAACAAAGGAUGAGGUGCAAGAGUAUUUUGACGAUUUCAAAGAGAUGGAUUUCGCACGAUCAGGCAAUCGUGCACAGAUGGACACAACUCUAAAUGAGGGACCCCUUGAACAGUUUCCUCACUCAAUGGAGCCCCAGUUGAGACAAUUAGGACUUCCUACUGCUCUCAAGAAAGGAGUGGUGACACUACUGAAGGACCAUGCAGUCUGUAAGGAGGGAGACGUGCUCACUCCUGAGCAGGCUCGUAUUCUGAAACUCUUUGGCAUCGAGAUGGCAGAAUUCAAGGUGCAGAUCAAAUGUAUGUGGAACUCGGAAACCGUCGAGUUUGAGAACGUUGCUGGUAAAGAUGUGACCAUGGAGGAUAGUGAAGAGGAAGACGACGAUGACGAAUAAAACAUCUGCAAGGGCAGAAGUCGUUUUUGCUGGCUUUCAACAGCAGAGGGACCUUAAUGUGGAAACCAGUCAGUCACCCUGACUGCCAGCACUGUCCUGUCAUCUCUCUUCUGUCCUAUUUUUCACCCCAAAACAUGAACAUCUGUCCUUCACCUUGAAUAUAGCUUUGGAUUGAGGAGUUGUUGUGUAAACUGGUGACCGGAGUCAAAAGUUCUCUUGCAUGUAAUCGUAUGGAUGUUCGUAUUGCAUGCAAGUAUUUUGCCAUUCAGUGGAAGAAAAAUCACUUUGAGAAAAUUAGUUUAAUUUUAGGCAAAAUCCAGAAAUGGUUAUUUUUACCUGAGAAAUCUUGGAAAGUUUUCAUUUUUACAUUUGUACAUUAACAAUGAAGUGCUUUUGAAAUGAAUACUUAGUGGUCUCCGAUUUAUUUAUUAAUACAAAAAUCAAUUGCUUUCAGGAAAAAAAAGUAUAUGGCAAAGUCAUUAGCAGAUUGCUUUAUAUUAACUUGAUUGAACUGACAGAUUUAGGCUCUUUAGCGGAAGUAGUUUGGACACUUGUGGACGACGAGAUUCCAGGCCUCGUUGAAGGAGGCGACCACUCUCUCAUCUAGAGGACCCUCCUCUGCAGCAGCCAAGUUUUGUUGGAGUUGCUCAAUAGUUGACAUGCCAAUGAUGACUCCAUCACCAAGAUCCCCCUGUAACAGCAGACAUUGUUUAUGGUCAAGGAGAUUAUGAAUUUAAUUUCAAAUUGUUGGAUAGGAUAAUGUUUUCCAGCUACUGUAAGCACCAAAUACAGCCUUUGACUAGUGUGGAGGCUAAAUAUACAACAACUGACCAGGCACUUUCACAUGAAAAAGUAGCCAGGAGUUUGGCAUUAACAAACGGUCCAUGUGCCCAAAUCACAGCUGCCUAUGAUUCUACAAUUAGCCUGUAAGUUUGCGUAAAAUGAUAAUGAAUACACAAAAUGCCUAUUUCUGGAGGAUUGAAGUUGAUUUAGAAAUUAUGCUGGUAAGCAUUUGUGUGUACAGUAAUCCACUGUCAGGUCAAAAAGGGCAGAUUCAGCCUUUUAAUGUUAAUGACGGAUGAAAUCAAACUUUCACUUUCUAUAAAAACUACAAAAGAUCAUUCUUAAAGCUGCAACAAUUUGUCUAUUGACAAAAUAAAAACAUGAUUGAUUAUACGGUUAACUCAUUUUUAAAGCAGAAAUGCCAAGAAUUCUCUGGGUUUAGAACUAUGGAUUGACUGAAACAAAACGUUUAAAGAUGUCAACAUGUACUGAGGAAUUGUGACAAGCAAUUGUCACUGUUUUGUAAACCAAACAAUGAUUCAAUGUAGAAAAUGUUUUGCUGAUUAAUAAAUAAGUUAGCUAUAGUUCUCA